CCCAGAGAAACCGCAUACCGCACCGCCACCGCUCCCAAUCUCGAUCGAAACGCGAGGGUUUCGCAUCUCUCGCCGCCUAGCUUAGGAGGAGGGGGAGGAGGAUCCGCGCCCGCUAGCCAUGCCGAAGAACAAGGGUAAGGGAGGGAAGAACCGCAAGAGGGGGAAGAACGAGGCGGACGACGACAAGCGCGAGCUGGUGUUCAAGGAGGACGGGCAGGAGUACGCGCAGGUGACGCGGAUGCUCGGCAACGGCCGCUGCGAGGCCAUCUGCGUCGACGGCACCAAGCGCCUCUGCCACAUCCGCGGCAAGAUGCACAAGAAGGUCUGGAUCGCCGCCGGGGACAUCAUCCUCGUCGGCCUCCGCGACUACCAGGACGACAAGGCCGACGUCAUCCUCAAGUACAUGAACGACGAGGCCCGCCUCCUCAAGGCCUAUGGCGAGCUCCCCGACACGCUCAGGCUCAACGAGGGCGUCGACGUCGACGGGCCCGAGGACGGCGGCGACCACGACGACUACAUCCAGUUCGAGGACGAGGAUAUCGACAAGAUCUAAGCUUUUUAUUUUUUUCUCCGCAUCUACUAUUAUGUUCUACUUAAUAGUUAUGUGGUACUAUGUGGGCUGGCUGUUAUGGAUUGCUGGUUGCCGCUUUCAUUAUGGUUAUGGUUUGAGGUGGUUAAAUAAUUGUUGGAUUUCGUAAUUAUUCCAGUACACAUGCAUACAUGCUGCUGCUGCUGAUGGUUGUGCUAUA